AUGGCUUUAUGGUUAGGGGCGUGGCCAGAGCUCGGGGAAUUUUGGGGCGGUUUUGGGGCGUUUUUUGGGGUUUUGGGGCGGGUUUUGGGCAGUGGGCGGGGCCCGAAGCGAAAGCGAAAGCGAUGGCGGGAGCGCGGCUGCUGCUGGCGGGGCUGUUGCAGGUUUUGGGGGGGGGUCGCGGUUUUUGGGGAGCCCCCCCCCGCGCUGCGCUGCCCCCUGCUGGACGAGCGCGGCUCCCCCUCCCCCCGCGGGGCCCUGCUCCGGUUUUUGGGGGGUCCCGGGGCCCCCCCGCCCCCCGAGACCCCCCCGGACCCCCAGAACACCUUCGAUGUCACCGACCCCUGGGGGGUGCUGCAGGAUUUCUGGGGGCCCUCCCGGGAGCCCCCCCGGUGCGAGCUCAGCCCCACGGCGCCGCUGCUGCCGCCCCCGGCGGGGUCCCCGCAGUGUCACCCGGGGCUGGGGGCGCGCUGGUGGCUGCUGGCCCUGGGGACAGCGGAGAGGGAGGGGACAGCGCUGCUGCGCCAGGGGCCCGGCGAGCCCCCCGGCCUCAACGUGUCCGUGUUCAUCUCCACGCUGACGCCCAGCCUGCGGGGGCUGCUGGGCUCCCCCCAGACCCUGCACUGCUCCUUCGGCCCCGCCGGGGGCCCCUUCGCGCUGCGCUGGCUGCGCCACGGCCGCGCCGGCACCCGCCGCCUGCUGGCCUUCGACUCGGCCGCCCCCCGCGCCACCGCGGCCGCGCCGGGGACGCUGCUGCUGCUGGGGGGACGCGGGGACACCGCCGGGACUCCGCCACCGGGGGGCGCCAUGGAGGUGUCGCUGCAGCUGCCGCCGCUCUCGGUGUCUGACGACGGCUCCUUCGUCUGCUCCGUGACCACGCCCCACGGGCAGGUGCAGCAGGUGCUGCGGAUGAACGUGAUUGCCCCUCCGCGGGUGUCCCUGGUGCCCCCCCGGCUGUCCCCGGGGCUCCCGGCCCGGCUGCGCUGCGACGCCGUCGGGUUCUUCCCGCUGGACGUGGGGAUGCGCUGGGAGCGCCGCGCCCGCGGGGACCCGCGCCCGCUGCCCCUGGCACCCGGGGACACCGCGGGGGACACCUCGGGGGACACCUCGGGGGACACCUCGGGGGACACCGCGGGGGACACCUCGGGGGCCACCAGCCCCCCCGGGGACGCCGCGGGGCCGGGCUGGAGCUCCGGGCACCGGCGCGGCACCGACGGCACCUUCAGCCGCAGUGCGGGGCUGCGCGUGCCCGCGGGGACGGCCGGGGACACCUACAGCUGCCUGGUGACACACGCGGCGUGGGACACGCCACACAGGGUCAGCGUGGAGGUGACAGGUGUCCCCGGGCCCAGCGUGGAGGACACGGCGGGGGUGGCCCUGGUGGCCUUUGUCAUCGGGGGGCUCUGCCUGCGCCUGUGGCCCGCGGCGGGGAGGUGACACCGCUGCCAACAGAGUCCCCAAGGUCCCCAAAUGUCACCAAAAUACCCAAUGUCCCAAAUGUCCCGAAUGUCCCCAGUGUCCCCAAACCUCUCCAAUGUCCCCAAACGUCCUCAGUGUCCCCAAAUGUCCCCAAAAUCCCCAACGGCCCCAAAGUCCCCAAAUGUCCCCAAAGUCCCCAGAUGUCCCCUCAAUGUCCCAAAUGUCCCCAAACCUCCAAAAUGUCCCCAGAGUUCCCACUGUCCCCAAUGUCCCCAAAUGUCCCAAAUGUCCUCAAUGUCUGCAAUGUCCCCAAAUGUCCCCAAAGUCCUCCAUCCCCUCAAUGUCCCCAAAUGUUCCCAAUGUCCCCAAAUUCCUCCAUCCCCUCAAUGUCCCCAAAUGUUCCCAAUGUCCCCAAAGUCCCUAAAAUCUUCAAUGUCCCCAAAAUGUCCCCAAUGUCCCCAAAUGUCCCCAAUGUCCCCAAAGUCCUCCAUCCCCUCAAUGUCCCCAAAUGUUCCCAAUGUCCCCAAAUGUCCCUAAAAUCUUCAAUGUCCCCAAAAUGUCCCCAAUGUCCCCAAAUGUCCCCAAAAUCUUCAAUGUCCCCAAAAUGUCCCAAAUGUCCCUAAAGUCCUCAAUGUCCCCAAAUGUUCCCAAAGUGUCCAAAUGUCCCCAAAGUCUUCAAUGUCCCCAAAAUGUCCCAAAUGUCCCCAAAGUCCCCAAUGUCCUCAAUCCCCUCAAUGUCCCCAAAUGUCCCCAAAGUCCCUAAAAUCUUCAAUGUCCCCAAAAUGUCCCCAAUGUCCCCAAAGUCCUCAAUGUCUCCAAUGUCCCCAAAUGUCCCCAAAGUCCUCAAUCCCCCCAAUGUCCCCAAAUGUCCCUAAAAUCUUCAAUGUCCCCAAAUGUCCCCAAAUGUCCCUAAAAUCUUCAAUGUCCCCAAAUGUCCCCAAAUGUCCCUAAAAUCUUCAAUGUCCCCAAAAUGUCCCCAAUGUCCCCAAAGUCCCUAAAAUCUUCAAUGUCCCCAAAAUGUCCCCAAAGUCCUCAAUCCCCUCAAUGUCCCAAAAUGUCCCCAAAUGUCCCCAAAGUCCUCAAUGUCUCCAAUGUCCCCAAAUGUCCCCAAAGUCCUCAAUCCCCCCAAUGUCCCCAAAUGUCCCUAAAAUCUUCAAUGUCCCCAAAUGUCCCCAAAUGUCCCUAAAAUCUUCAAUGUCCCCAAAUGUCCCCAAAUGUCCCUAAAAUCUUCAAUGUCCCCAAAAUGUCCCCAAUGUCCCCAAAGUCCCUAAAAUCUUCAAUGUCCCCAAAAUGUCCCCAAAGUCCUCAAUCCCCUCAAUGUCCCCAAAAUGUCCCCAAAGCCCCUAAAAUCUUCAAUGUCCCCAAAAUGUCCCCAAAUGUCCCCAAAUGUCCCCAAUGUCCCCAAAUGUCCCCGAAGUCCCCAAAGUUCCCAAUCUAGUUUUCACUAUAGAAGAGACGCCGAGGGCGGGGCAGAGUGUUAACCAGGGUGAAAAGCAUUGGAAAUAAAAGACAGAUAUCUCAUA